AUGUCCUGUGAAAAAGCUACUUUUACUAUCAAGAACGGUCCAUCCUUCGAAGGUAAAUCCUUCGGUGCUGACAAAUCCAUCGCUGGUGAAGCUGUCUUUACUACAUCCCUAGUUGGUUAUCCAGAAUCUAUGACCGACCCAUCAUAUCGUGGUCAGAUCUUAGUCUUUACUCAACCUUUAAUUGGUAAUUAUGGUGUCCCAUCUACUGAAGAACGUGAUGAAUUCAAUCUAUUGAAAUACGUUGAAUCCCCUCACGUUAACGUUGUCGGUAUCGUCGUUGCUGAAUACGCAUACGAAUACUCUCAUUGGGCUGCUGUGGAAUCACUAGCAUCCUGGUGUAAGAGAGAAGGUGUCGCUGCUAUCACUGGCGUUGAUACUCGUGAAAUUGUUCAAUACUUGAGAGAGCAAGGGUCCUCUCUAGGUAGAAUCACUAUCGGCAAUGAUGAACCAGUCGAAUAUGUCGAUCCUAUGAAUACUCAUUUGGUCGAACAAGUCUCUACAAAUAAACCAUUCCAUAUCUCCGGUAAGAACCCAUCUGUUAACAUUGCCCUAAUUGAUUGUGGUGUCAAGGAAAACAUUAUUAGAUGUUUGGCUACCAGAGGUGCGAACGUCACUGUUUUCCCAUUCGAUUUCAGAAUUCAAGAUGUCGUUAAUGAUUUCGAUGGUAUCUUCUUAUCAAAUGGUCCAGGUAAUCCAGAGAUGUGUGACAUUACCAUUGCCAAUUUGAAAGAAUUAUUAGAAAACCCUAAAUUUAUCGAUAUUCCAAUCUUUGGUAUCUGUUUGGGUCAUCAAUUAUUGGCUCUAGCAUCUGGUGCUAAGACUUUGAAAUUGAAGUAUGGUAACAGAGCUCAUAACAUUCCUGCUAUGGACCUAACUACUGGUCAAUGUCAUAUUACAUCUCAAAAUCAUGGUUAUGCUGUGGACCCAGAAACCCUACCUAAGGAUCAAUGGAAACCAUACUUUGUUAAUCUAAAUGAUAACUCUAAUGAAGGUAUGAUCCAUUUAACAAGACCUAUUUUCUCUACUCAAUUCCAUCCAGAAGCUAAGGGGGGUCCAUUGGAUACUGCCAUCUUAUUCGAUAAGUUCUUUGACAACGUGGCUCAUUACAAGUUCAUGCAACAAUCAAAGAGAAAGUUGGCCGCUGUUCACCAAUUGGAUUUGACCGUCGAUAAAUUGUCAAAGGAAAGAGUCUUAUUUUAA